UCCCAACGAACAUUACAAACCGAAGUUGACUUCCAGCCCCUUCAGGGCAGUAGAACAUAUUUUGAUCAAUGCCCCUUGAUGAAAGAGCUUGAUUCCAGCUAUUGCACUUCCUUCAUCAGCUCUCCCCUGAUGCCUGGAGCCAUGAAAAUAUUUUUCUUUAUUUUUGCUGCUUUCAUUCUUCUUGCUCAAAUUUUCCAAGCCAGGACAGCAAUUCAUAGAGCACUAAUUUGUAAGAGAAUGGAAGGUCACUGUGAAGCUGAAUGUCUUACCUUUGAAGUAAAGAUUGGGGGCUGUAGAGCUGAAUUAACACCAUAUUGCUGCAAAACCAGAAAGAAACAUUAAAAACUAAGCACCAGCUGCAAGAAUGAAAGAGGUGAAGAUUCUCUGGCUGCGAUAUCAGCGGGACAAAUCUCUCUGCACCGUCUCUCUUCGAUCUGCGAAGUCUGGAUUAUCUGAAACCAUGUCAGUCCAGCUUCCAGUGCUACAGGGAGAUACCCUUCCUAGGCUGUGCACUUCUUCCAGGCAGACACUAUAUCUUGUUGACCUCUGCACUGUCAGUGCCUGACACAGGGCCUAUUAAUGAUUUUUUUCACUUUAUAAAAAAGUGAGCCAUUGAAUAAAUAGAUAAAACAGAUGGAAUGGAAUGGUUGGACCGGCACUCAGGUGAAUUGAGUUCUAAAGUUAUAGCUCUGGCUUUAAACAGUUGUAGGACGCUGGGCCCUCUGUGCCAAGAUUCUGAUAUCUAUAAUGUGAGCUGAUUGAACCUCUCAGUAAAGGGAAUACCUGCCAGAUGCUAAUUGUGGCUGCUUCAGCAGUAUCACUGUCAUGUACUCCUUUCUCUCUUUUAUAGGUAGGAAUUGUUUAGAGUCUUGUUCAUUUACCUGUUAGAUCUAAAACAUCAAGUUUUAGAAUGAAAUGCACCCAUAUCAAAAUUCAAGUUGACUGUAGAUGGAGCGAUAUCUUCAUUCUGGCCAUUUGCAGUGAGAAUUGAUCAAAUCAUGGGUUUCUGAAGCAGUAAGUUCCCCAAAGGUCAUCAAAUUCAAUGCCCUUAUUACACAUGAGGAGAGUGAGACUCAAGAAGAUUAUACAGUUACUGACUUAGUCACAUUUGUAUUCCAACUUUGGGCUUCCUGGACUUGUCUGCUUAGCAUGUCCACAAAAUAGCAUGCUGGAGGAUAACGGAACAACCAAAGGCAAUCCUAAAGAUGGAACGUUUCUCAGCGUGUUCAGGUGAACAGUUAAAUGGACGAAGAAAUGGAAACAAACUGAAAAAAAAACAUAGAAAAAAAAGACACUUUCUAAAAUCUCUGUUGUGAUCCUGCGAUCCCUGCCCUUUCGGAUGAUAAUAAUGAUAACAACGGCAAACCGAGGCUUGCCUUUUCCCUAAUUUGCCAAAAUUUGGAGUCCCGGCUUUCUAGCAGAGGAAAGCAUGUAUCACAGACUAUUUCAUCAUAGAAGACUUACAGCACACCCUCCCAGAACAGAAGAAGCAAAAUCCCUCUGCGCUGCUCCAGAAAAUUUUCUUCUCUAUUCAAUUAA